AUGAUCCCAGAGGAGAUUCAGAGGCUUCUGGAAGAUGCUGAAGGUUACCUGGCGGAUGGACUGCAGAAUGAAAACUUGAGUGCUAAAGCAAGGGAGCAGAGGGAUGCAAUUCUCCUUGGCUUCCAGCAAGUCAAAGCCAGGAGGUUCGCUGAUGACUAUAAUGUGAACAAGUGGUUGGGCUUUAUGUCUCCAUGUGCUACCUGUGAGGAUAUAUUGUUCCCGUCUCGCCGCAAGAAGUGCGGGGAGGACCAGCACGAUGCUGGUUUUGGACAGGACAGCUGUGAUGAAAAUCAGAGCUGGAGUUUGGCGCCUUCCAUGACAUCUGAUGCUUCACUUCCAUCGGACUUCCAGGACGAUGGACUGGAAGAAUUCACACCAAAGCCUAUUCAAGACACAGGGAACAUCUUGAAGCAAGGAUAUCUGGAGAAGAGGUCCCGAGAGCACAGCUUUUUCGGGUCAGAGUGGCAGAAGCGGUGGUGCGUCCUCAGCAAAAGGACCUUUUACUACUACGCCAAUGAGAAAAGCAAGCAACCUAAAGGCACUUUCCCCAUUGAGCACUACAGUGCCCGGCUGGCUUUCCAUCUCCGCAAAGACGCUCGAAAAAGAUGCUGUUUCGAGUUAAUCUGCCCUGGCAAACGCACCUACGAGUUCACAGCCCCAAGCCCAGCAGAGGCUGAAGACUGGGUGGAUCAGAUCCAGUUCCUCCUGAAGGACCUGAGCUCCCUCACUAUCCCGUGUGAUGAGGAUGAUGAGGAUCCCUACAAUGACGUGGACAGUUCUGACUCUGUGAACACAGCAUCCCACAAUACUACCCUGAAUCAGGAUGAGCCAAACAUUGAGGUGGAAGAGGAUGACAUCUAUGAGGUUUUGCCAGAUGAGGAGCUGGACCCCCCCUUCCCAGAGGACAGCGAGGAUGCCGGGAGCAGACAGAGAAGCGGAGGUCCCUGGCGAGAUUAUGCCAAUUACUACCAAGGCAUGUGGGACUGCAGCAGCGAGCAUCCCGACGAGCUCUCCUUCCACCGCGGAGACCUCAUCUACAUCCUAAGCAAGGAGUACGGCGUGUACGGCUGGUGGGUGGGAGAGCUCAACAACGUGGUCGGGAUUGUCCCGAAGGAUUACCUGGCAGCGGCCUACGACCUGGAGGAGCGAUGA